CGCCUCUCUCUGAGCCGCUUCCUCAGGUGGUUGCAGCAGCAGCAGCAGCAGCAGGUCGGAGGAAUGUGAAGGGCCUCACCUCUGCGGAACAAAAAAAUAAAAAACAUGGAAAUACGACUUUAUUAUUACAACCCACAGAGGAUUUAAUGUCUGAUUUAACACUUCAGCGAUGAGGAGGAGUGAUCUCUGCACACAGGAGCUGAUUUGUAGUUUCUGACACUUUGGAUUACUUCACAGGUGUUACUGUUUUUACCUGAAGCUGCGGAUUAGACUGUAUAUAUUUUACAUUUUUCUGCAAGGUUUUUUUUUUUUAUUCAUUUGGGGAGAGUCUGCCGUCUUUAGGAGUUCAUCAUGCCGGAUCUGAUCAGUGUUACAGAGUUUAUUGCAGAGACUAAUGAGGACUACAAAGCUCCAACCACUUCCAGCUUCACCACUCGGAUGUCCCACUGCAGGAACACAGUGGCAGCUCUGGAGGAGGCUCUGGACUUGGACCGAUCGGUUCUACAUAAGAUCAAGAAGUCGGUGAAGUCCAUCAACACUUCUGGUUUGGCUCAUGUGGACCACGAGGACCAGUACAUCCAGUCCAUGGAGAAGUUCGGGGACAACUGCGUGGGCCGAGACGACGCCGACGUCGGCACCGCCUUCAUCAAGUUCGCCGUCUUCACCAGAGAGCUGGCGGCGCUCUUCAAAAACCUGUUGCAGAACAUGAACAACAUCAUCACUUUCCCCCUGGACAGUCUGCUGAAGGGAGACCUGAAAGGAGUGAAAGGGGAUCUGAAGAAGCCGUUCGAUAAAGCCUGGAAGGACUACGAGACCAAGCUAGCUAAGAUCGAGAAGGAGAAGCGGGAACACGCCAAGCAGCACGGGAUGAUUCGCACCGAGUUCAGCGGAGGAGAGAUCGCCGAGGAGAUGGAGAAGGAGAGACGACUCUUCCAGCUGCAGAUGUGUGAGUAUCUCCUGAAAGUGAACGAGAUCAAACAGAAGAAAGGCAUCGACUUCCUCCAGAACCUCAUCAAGUAUUUCCACGCUCAGUGCAAUUUUUUCCAGGACGGACUGAAAGCCGUCGAGAGUCUGAAACCCUCCGUAGAGAAACUGGCCACAGACCUGACAGCGAUUAAACAGACGCAGGACGGAGAGAGGAAACAGCUCAUUCAGCUCCGAGACGUGCUGAAGACUUCGCUGCAGUCGGAGCAGAAAGACGACUCUCAGACGAAGCAGAGCGCAGGUUACAGCCUCCAUCAGCUGCAGGGCAACAAGGCCCACGGCACCGAGCGCUCCGGGGUUCUUUACAAGAGAAGUGAGGGACUGAGGAGGGUUUGGCAGAAGAGGAAAUGCUCGGUGAAGAACGGUUUAUUGACUAUCUGCCACGGCACGGCUAACAGACCUCCUGCCAAACUCAACCUGCUCACCUGCCAAGUGAAGAGAAACCCGGACGAGAAGAAGAGCUUCGAUCUGUUCUCACAUGACAGAACUUAUCAUUUCCAAGCUGAGGAUGAAAGCGAGUGUCAGAUCUGGGUGUCGGUGCUGCAGAACAGUAAGGAGGAGGCGCUGAACAUGGCGUUUAAAGGAGACCAGGACGAGGGAGAGAACAACCUCGUUCAGGAGCUGACCAAAGCCAUCGUAGGAGAGGUGAAGAGGAUGAGCGGCAACGACGGCUGCUGCGACUGUGGAGCUGCUGCUCCCACUUGGCUGUCCACUAACCUCGGAGUGCUGAUCUGCAUCGAGUGCUCGGGGAUCCACAGAGAGAUGGGAGUCCACUACUCCAGGAUCCAGAGUCUGGACCUGGACGUCCUGGGGACCUCCGAGCUGCUGUUGGCUAAGAACGUCGGAAAUGCCAGCUUCAAUGACAUCAUGGAGGCCGAUCUGUCAGCGCAGAGCGUAACCAAACCUAACCCGAGCAGUGACAUGCAGAUGAGGAAGGACUACAUCACGGCGAAGUACACGGAGAAGCGCUUCGCCCAGCGGCGGUGUGCCGACGCUGCGUCCAGGCUGAAGAGUCUGUACGAAGCCGUCAGGAGCAGAAACAUCGUGUCUCUCAUCCAGGUCUACGCUGAGGGGGCGGACCUGAUGGAGGCGAUCCCACAACCCAACGAACAUGAACCUGGAGAGACGGCGCUCCACCUGGCGGUCCGUAUGGUCGACAGAAACUCCCUCCACAUCGUCGACUUCCUCGCCCAAAACAGUGGGAAUCUGGACAAGCAGACGGCCAGAGGAAGCACAGCGCUGCACUACUGCUGCCUGACCGACAACAGCGAAUGUCUCAAACUGCUGCUGAGAGGAAAAGCUUCAGUGUCCAUCACGAAUGAAUCCGGAGAGACGCCGCUGGACAUCGCCAAACGUCUCCGCCACACUCAGUGUGAAGAACUGUUGACUCAGGCUCAGACAGGAAAGUUUAACGUCCACGUCCACGUUGAGUACGAGUGGCGUCUCCAGAAUGAGGAUCUGGAUGAGAGCGAGGACGAGAUGGAGGACAAGCCGAUCCCCAACCGGCGUGAGGAGCGUCCGGUCAGCUGCUUCGUGCCAGGCAGCGGCCCGAUGGCGGCGUUGGCCCGGGACGCGGCCAGCCUGGCGCGGGACAAGCAGCGGCCUCAGGUUCCCAGCAUGAUGAUCAACAACGAGACCUACGGCACCGCCAUGGACUUCAACCUGCCGCCGCCGGGGCCGACACCGCCGCUACCGCCCAGAGUGCCGAACAGAGGACAAAGUAAAGCUGCUCCCAUAGAAACUGUAGGAAGACAGCGAUCGUCCUCCGACCCUCCGAACCCGCACACCCCCGAGAGAAGCACCUCUAUAUUCGUAGCCCCAGCUGCUCCUACUCCUCCUCCUCCUCCAAUAAACAAGAGAGCCAGCAUGAUGGAGACCAGGUCCGGGUCAGCGAAGAACACCCCCCUCCCUCCUCUGCCUCCUCUUCCAACAGCAGGCCCCCCCUCCGUCCCACCAGUCAUCCCAGUACCUCCCAUCCCACCUUCAGCCUCCAUCCCACCACCACCGCCUCACAAAGCUCCGGUCCUGCCCCCGCCGAUCCCCAGCCACCAGCCGAGCCGACAGAAAGGGCCCAAAUCACCCACAUCGACCCAACCACCCACUGGAUUGGGGAAACGUCCUCCAAUAAGACCGCCUGUUAGGACUGAAUCUGUGAAAGACAAAAGAGGUUCUCCGGCCACAUCCCCUCAAAGUUCGGGUCCUCCGACACCCAAACCCAGAAGCGCGUUUCCCAAGCAGAAGCCUCAGAGGGUUAAAGCCAUCUAUAACUGCUACGCUGAUAAUCCAGAUGAGCUGACGUUCGAGGAGGGAGAGGUGAUCGUGGUGGAGGGAGAGGAGGACAACGAUUGGUGGGUCGGACACGUCGAAGGAGAUCCGACCAGACGAGGAGUGUUUCCCGUCACCUUCGUUCACUUUAUCACAGAGUGACAUCACACCUGGUCA